GAUUUCGUUAGUACUGUUGUUGGCUGUCGGGGCAUUAGCAGGGCCCAGUUGCCGCUACACCGAAUGGGAUACAUGGAGUGAAUGUACACCAAACGAAAGAUGUAUGCCAAAAGACAGACAAACACACGCACGAUUCUCGUUCAAACCAGACCCAUUUAAGCGGUAUAGAGACGCUGGUAGAAUCAUGGGAGAGAGAAUGAUGGCCUACAAAGAACAGCUUUGGUCCGCACCAAACACAGAAAACACGAUGGAAAGUAUCGUAGGAGCUGCCGUUCCUUGCUCAGGCGGUUCAGCCAGUGGAUUCAGAUGUCAGAACGUUGACCUCCAAUCUUACUUGAGUCUAUCAGCUUUGGGUGCAACUGCAAGUGGCGCCAGGGGUAACGAUAUUUGGGGAUGGACUGACCCAGUUACGAAUGACGAGAUCGUUGUUAUGGGAACCAACCAAGGGACGUCGUUUGUGAGAAUCACAGAUCCCGUUAACCCCCAAGUUGUCGCCUGGCUACCAACUCACACUUCGUCUAGCAGCUGGAGAGACAUGAAGGUCGUUAAUGACCAUGCCUUCAUUGGUUCAGAGGCCGCUGGCCAUGGAUUGCAGGUGUUUGAUCUUACAAGACUUCGUGGCCAGACAAACAUGGGCACUGUCAGCGCUGAUGCUCAUUAUGGCCAGUUUGGCAAUUCCCAUAACAUCGUAUCAAACCCAGAGAGCAACACCAUCUUUGUCGUGGGAGCAACUAAUGACAACCGCGGUUGCCGCGCUGGUCUCCACAUGGUUGACGUAAGCAACCCAAAAAAUCCGACGUUCGCUGGUUGUUUCUCUGCAGAUGGCUACACCCAUGACGCUCAAUGUCACUUCUAUAACGGACCUGAUACCACCUAUAGGGGCCGUGAAAUUUGCUAUAACUACAAUGAAGAUGCCCUUACUAUCGUUGAUGUCACGAACAAAGCAAGUCCCGUUGAGAUAUCAUCGACCUCAUACGUCGGCUAUGCUUACACUCAUCAGGGUUGGAUCACUGAAGACCAUACGGUGAUCCUCCUCGAUGACGAGCAAGAUGAGCAAGGAAACUGGUUUGAUGGAUCCACUGUAACCUACAUCUGGGACGUCAGUGACCUCGACAACCCUGUUCUGAGAAAUGAAUACUACGCUGCGCACGAGGCCAUUGACCAUAACCAAUACAUCCGGGGAUCUAGAACGUAUCAGUCUAACUAUGAAGUCGGCCUGAGAAUCCUCCAAAUCAACCAGGCUUCGUACAGUUUAACUGAAGUGGGUUACUUUGACGUCGACACUGGAUCUACUGGAGGUCUAGUGGCUUUCCGUGGUUCAUGGAGUAACUACCCCUACUUCGCUUCCGGAAAUAUCCCAGUAACUUCUAUCGAGACUGGUCUGUACAUUGUGAAGCCCGAUAAUAUGGCUAUGGAUGCGACAUAUGCUGCCAAAUUGAACGGACACCAGGAGAGAUCUCGCCAAGUGUUGACGGAAAGUGCCGAAGGCUGCAAUGACGUCAGAGAGGAGAGAUAUUGCCAAGCAACUUGUUAAUUGACUGAUGUUAAAUGAUGAAUAAAGUUGAUUUGAAAAUGUAACAUUUUAUCGAGCUAAAUAUGUGGAUGUUUUCAAAGACAUACACUCCGCAUAUCACUUUUGAACUACUUAAAGUUAUAUGUAUAUUUACACCAGACGUUGCUAUUCACACCAUUGUAAAAUAUGACUUAUUGUAUGAUACCGAGGUGAUAAAAAGAAAAUAUCACGUCGAUUGUAAAUUUAAAACCUAUUUUUGUCAGCAUUUUAAUGAGAAAAAUGUCGAAAUGAAGGACAUUUAAUGAUAUACAUCUGACAUAAAAAACAUUGUGG